AUGUCGAAUUUGUCGAAGCUUGAGUUUGUGGCACUUGAUAUCUCCGGAAAGAAUUACCUAUCAUGGGUACUCGAUGCUGAAAUUCACCUAGACACCAAAGGUCUUGGUGCCACGAUUACUCAGGAUAAUACAGAAUCGAGUCAGGACAAAGCGAAGGCAAUGAUUUUCCUUCGUCAUCAUCUGGAUGAAGGAUUGAAGGUUGAAUACCUGACAGUGAAAGAUCCACUUGAAUUGUGGACUGGUUUAAAGGAAAGAAUUACUUCCCAAUUGAAAUUAUGUGGGGAUAAUAUAACUGACGAGGAUAUGUUGGAAAAGACUCUUACGACUUUUCAUGCCUCCAAUUUGGUAUUACAACAGCAGUACCGUGAAAGGGGUUUUAAAAAGCAUGUUGAUUUGAUCUCAUGUCUUCUUGUGGCUGAGCAGCAUAAUACCCUUUUAUUGAAAAAUCAUGAAGCCCGCCCCAAUGGAACUGCUCUAUUCCCGGAAGCGAAUGUGGUAGCAACACAUGGCCCAACUGAAAGAAGACAAAAUAAUCAGGGCCAUAAUUAUGAACGUAGGCGUUGCAGGGGCAAGGGACGAUAUAAUAAUCGUCGUGAUGGUGGUCACCAUAAAAAGGAGAACAAUAUGGGUUAUCAAAGCAAUCCUUCAAGGAACAACUGUCAUCGUUGUGGUUUGAAAGGACCUUCACGAAAAUAUGAUGAUAAUGUUGAAGCUAAUUUGGCUUUGAAAGAUGAUGAUUUUGAUGGGCUUGAUGAUAUUACUCAUUUGGAAGUUGAAGACUUCUUUGGAGAUCAAAAUUGA